GUACUCGUAUGGAAAGGUUUAAUAUUCUGAUUGAAUCUCCUGUUACCUUGUGGACCUGUACCAUUGCUCUUAAAGGUAAAUAUCAUGUACAUCUUAGAAAAAUAUACAUCCAUAUAAAUGUGGGUAAGUGAAUGUGUGUAAGAGUUGUGUUUCAACGUCACUCGUUUUAAAAGUACUACCUGUCAUUGAGGUGCUGUCAUGAAUUCUAGUGACAGUGACGUUCAAGCUCGCCCUGAUAAAGACAUUGAAGAAAGUGAAAACAGAACUGUUAAAUGUCAAGAUAAUGAAAGCAUCUCUUCAGGUACUGAAGAUAUUAAUCCUCUGAAAACUCUUACUAACACUGGCAGUUUUUGCAAGCCUUUUGAUUCUGAUAACACCAAAAUAAAAUGUGAUGAAAAGAUUAUCUCUUGUAAAAACAAUACCAGUGUGUUAAGCCAGGAAAUAACUAGAAAGGAGCUUGGGAUAAAUGAAUUCUGUGGAGGUGGUUCUCAUGGUGACAUUAUCCAUAAACAAGUUUUUACACGUGAUCACUGGCCAGUUCUUUUAGUAUCCAAAGAUAAACAUGGACAGAAGAAAAAACCUUAUAGAAAGAAAGACCCUAUUGCCAUUGAACGUUCCAACCUUGUGAAUGUAACGAAGCUUGUGGUGAAGGAACUGAUAGAAUCAUCCCUGAAGUAUGGUCGUAUGUUAGACUCUGACCAUGUUUCUUUGAACCAUUUCUUCAUCCUACUGGAACAUGUGAUGAGACAUGGGCUUAUGCCUAAGAAAGGUCUUCUUGGACCAAAAAAAGAGUUAUGGAACCUCUUAGAAACAGUAGAGAAGUACAUGCCUGAAGCUUCUGACAUAACGUCUAGUGUGCGAGAACUGCCAACUGUAAAGACACAUCUUGGUCGUGCUCGAGCCUGGCUGAGGCUUGCGCUGAUGCAAAAACGUCUUGCUGACUACUUUCGUUUCUUGACUGAUAAAAAGGAAGAAAUUCUGAUUUUAUACAUGUAUAUCACCAUCAUACAUGGAGUGAUAUCUUUCAGUAAUAUAAUGUCACAAAUGGAAGAUAUUCAGCACUUACAAAAAAAGAAAAAUCUUUCCUUAGAGGAAGUGCUGAAAUUGUUUUUUGCUUCCUCCUCUGAAGAAGAGUCACUUUCUGAGUUUGAAGAAGAAACCACAACAAAUAAAGAUGGAGAGGAGCACUUUUCACUACAUCAACUUCCAAAAUGGCCAAGAAAAGCCUGGCCUGUAGUGCAGAAUGGAAAUGGGAAGUUCUCAAAGAUGAGCAGCCCAGAUUGUUGGGGGACUUCAUCCGAGGAGAGCCUGUUUCCCGUCAAGCAACAAGGAGUAAUUGACUUUAGUCUCUAUCUUCGAGAAAAUAGCCAUACUGAACCUCUUCCUGAAGGGGCCAACUCUGCAAGUAUGACAGCUGUUUUGGACCAGAAAAAUUAUAUAGAGGAGCUUAAUAGACAUCUCAAUGCUACAGUUAGUAACCUCCAACAGAAGGUGGAACAGCUACAAACAGCCAAUACGUUAAUGAAAGAAGACCUGGCUAUUGCGAAGAAUCAGGUUUUGAUGCUUGAUGAAGAAAAUUCAAGACUUCAGUGUGCUCGCAGAGAACAUUUUACUGAGCAUAAUAAAAAAAUUGUGGAAACUCAAGAAGAUCUGAUAUUGGAAAGAGAAACUUAUCAUAACAAUCAAGCUGGACUAGAAAACCUUUGUAGUGAGUUGAAGAAGAAGUUGCAAGAAGAAAGCAGUUUGAAGCAGGACAUAGAACAAGACCUCCAGACACAGAUAGCAUUGAAGACAGAAGCUGAAAUGGCCUUAAAGCUACUAGAAAAAGGAGUUCAUGAGAAGCAAGACACCAUAAUAUCCUUACGUCGACAGAUAGAAGACAUAAAAAUCAUUAAUUUACAAAUGUACAACAAGUUACAGGAAUGUGAAAACCUUGUUAAAGAAAAGACAGAUCAAGUUAGCCAACUCCAAAAGAAGGUGUCAGAAAUGACUUUCAGUCUCCAGCAACUAGAAGCUAAGGCAAAUCGUGCUGAGCAGGAUCAUGUACUGUCAGAGGAAGCCAGAAGGAAACUAGGUCAGCAGUUAGCUGAAAAAGAUCAAAAAAGGUCUAUCCUAGAGUCGGACUUGAAGAUUGAACGAGAAUGGCGUGCAUCAUUACAGGCUUCUGUUGCAGAGCUUCAGGAACAGUUGACAACCCUCCAGAAUGAUCUAGACACUUGUCAACAAAAAUCAAGUGAGUAUGAGAAAUUGGAAAAAGAUUUUCAUUGUCUGAGGAAUACAUGCCAGGAAUAUGAGACAGCACUAGAAGAAAUGGGUGUUCAGCUUAGUGACUCAAAGCUUCAACUUGAAGAUCUUAAGGAGAGCCAUUACACAUUAAAGGAAGCUGUUUGGACAAGUGAUAAGGAAGCAACAACCUGUAGACAAUGCAGCAAACCUUUUUCUGUUGCUAGGCGAAAGCAUCAUUGUCGUAGCUGUGGUGACAUAUUCUGCAGAAAUUGUUCAGACAAUACCAUGCCUUUGCCAUCUUCUUCCAAGCCUGUUCGUGUCUGUGAUGGUUGCCACACACUUUUGUUGCAGAGGUAUUCUGCAACUUGAAUAUCUUGUUAAGUGUUCUUCUCCAAAAGUUGUGAAU